UGAAAUCUAUUCCUUCUUCUCUCCCCGAUAGCCAUUUUGUACGGACGAAUUUCCCAAACUGUGCACAAUUUUGAAAGAAAUUUCAAACAAUUUCCACAAAACUCUUCUAACAAAUUAUGAGUUAUGCACCACACAAUGGAGCCGGUCUCGAGCAGCAGUUGGCUGGUCUAGACUUGAACGGACAAGGUGUCGGAGUUCUUCAUCAACGCUAUGUUCCCCCCCACAUGAGAAAUGGCUCAGGUGGUGGCUCAGGUGAAUACGCCGAUUUUCCCAAAGGAGCCCCCGAAUUUAUCCAGCAACAACAGCAACCCCCUCCACCACAACAAUUCCAACAACAACCUCCUCCCCAAAUGCAGCAGCAAAUGUACGCCGCUGCGCAAGCCUACGUUCCCCGAGGAGGAAGUGGACCCCCUCGUGGUGCAAAUGGAAUGAGCCGUGGAGGCGGCUAUGUUCCCGGAGGUCGAGGUGGUUACAACAAUCAGAACGGCUUUGCUGCCAACGGUGAUGGAGGAAACCAAUGGAGCAAUGGUGGCAGUGGUGGUGGGUAUCAAGGAGGAUAUUCGCGCGGUGGGGCCGGCGGUGGAAGAGGCGCACCUCGCGGUGGCGGAUACCAAAAUGGGGGCGGCGCUGCUCCCGGAGGUGGUGGCGGUUGGAGCAAUGGCUACGCCGCGGCGGGUAACGGGGCUGCCCCACCGGUCAGAAAUAAUAGAUGGAAUGAAGAAGGGGGACAAUCCAGCUACCGUGGAGGUGGUGCUGGUGUCGGAGGCGGUCGAAAUUUCAGCUACGCUGGAUACAAUAGCACCAAAGGAUACACUUUUAGUGGAAAUAUGGAAGAUUUCAAAUGUCUUCUGCCCAAAGAUGACCGGAUCGAGGCGGAACUUUUCGCUACGGGAAAUACAGGAAUCAACUUUGACAAGUAUGAAGAUAUCCCGGUGGAGGCGACGGGAGAUGCUUGUCCUCCUCACAUUAACAGUUUUGACGAAAUCGAGUUCUCAGAGAUCGUCCGGACAAAUAUUACGUUGGCUCGUUACACGCAUCCCACUCCAGUGCAGAAAUACGCCAUCCCGAUCGUGAUGGGUGGCCGAGACGUGAUGGCAUGUGCGCAAACAGGAUCGGGAAAAACUGCAGCAUUUUUGGUCCCGAUUUUGAACAGUAUAUUUGAGCGUGGACCUGAGCUGUUUAGCUUUCAGCCGAAAGCAUACGCCAGAAAAUCUAAACAAUUCCCGGUGGCUCUUGUUUUAGCACCAACCCGUGAAUUAGCGACUCAGAUUUAUGUAGAAGCAAGAAAGUUUGCUUAUCGGUCUCGUGUUCGACCCUGCGUCGUCUAUGGCGGAGCACCGAUUGAAGAACAACUUCGUGACUUGGAACGAGGAUGUCAAAUCUUGGUAGCAACGCCUGGACGAUUGACGGACAUGUUAAAACGUGAUCGCGUAGGACUUGACAAUUGUAGAUAUUUAGUAUUAGAUGAAGCAGAUCGCAUGUUGGAUAUGGGUUUCGAGCCCCAAAUUCGUGAAAUCGUCGAGGGCAAUACGAUGCCCAAAACUGGAGAACGACAAACGUUGAUGUUCUCCGCUACGUUUCCAAAGGAAAUUCAGAUGCUGGCUCGUGACUUUUUGGAUAAUUACAUUUUCUUGGCUGUUGGGCGUGUUGGAUCCACUUCUGAGAACAUUACGCAGAAAAUCUUGUGGGUGGAGGAGCAUGACAAGCGAGCAUAUCUUUUGGAUCUGCUAAAUGCAUCUGAAGCAUUUGACGACAAGAAUCUUACCCUCGUUUUCGUCGAAACUAAGCGAGGAGUCGACCAACUGUCUGACUACUUGAUGUCGGAAGGAUUCCCUGCAACCUCAAUUCAUGGAGAUCGGAGUCAGCGAGAUCGUGAAGAAGCUUUAAGAUAUUUCCGGGCUGGAAGACUCCCAAUUUUGAUCGCUACUGCGGUGGCAGCUCGAGGAUUAGAUAUUCCUCAUAUUAAGCACGUCAUAAACUUUGACUUGCCCUCUGACAUUGAAGAAUACGUUCACCGAAUUGGACGUACGGGACGAAUGGGGAAUCUUGGAUUGGCAACCUCAUUCUUUAACGACAAGAACAAGAAUCUUGUCCGAGAUUUGGUGGAACUCGUGGCAGAGACCAAACAAGAAAUGCCCACGUGGCUCGAGAUGAUCAACAAUGAGAUGCGGUCUUCUUUCGGUGGCGGUGCAGCCAACCGUCGUGGCGGCCCCAAACGAUAUGGUGGAGGUGGAUUUGGCGCAAGGGAUUAUCGUCAGUCUCAUGGACGUGGAGGUGGUGGCGGAGGCGGUGGACAUCAACCCAGCCGUGGUUAUGGCGGUUAUCCUCCACAACCCGCCUACCCAAUGUAUGCCCCCCAAGCUGGCUACGGUGGAUCGUACAACUCUGGAUCUACCACGGACUGGUGGGACAAAUAAAUUACAAACAAUUCAAUUCCGAAUACCUAUUUCGAAAAAUAUUUGGGCAAGUAUCAAAAUUUUGUCGUCCACUCUGUCGUGUAGAGAAAAGGAAAGAAACUUACAUACUCUACUUCCUCUCCUUACAAAACAUACUUAAGUUACCCAUUAAUUUUACUAUAUACUACCGUUUGUAAGUUUGUUUGAUAGUAGUAUACAUUCGAGAGUGGACGUUAAUUACUCGAUAACAAAAAAAUUACAUACGAAAACGAACCCUCUGAACCUUUAAUUUUUUUUAUUAGCUUUAAAAAAUAAUAGCAGUAGAAGCAUCAAAAUUUGAAUUUCUCAUUUUACUUACAAUACAAAUCUCUCAACAUUUUUCUCGAAAUGAAUAGGUAUUCGUGCGUUGUUGUUAAUUCAACAUGAAGAAAGAAAAAGUUUGUACACAUAAAAAAAUAAUCCUAUAAGUUUAAAAGCUCCAAGUACUAGACGUAGAAAAAUUUGAAUGUUCUACUUUAGUUAACGUUCUCCUGCUACACAAAUCCACUACUAUAUAUCCUACUAAAUGUACAUAUUAUUAUUAUUAUCAUUAUUAUUACUAUUCUACAAUGGGGAAAUGUUUGCCGUCCCAAAACAAACCACUAUCUCACAUUAUGUGUUCUCAUAGACCCGAGUGCACAAGUCUGUUUAACCGGUUGCAAGGUAUUACAAAAAAUGGGUCUGACUUAACAAAAAUUAAGUUAACCGAUUUAACUCUUUAACGAGAUCAACAAACAAUAACAAAGAAAAAGAAGGAAAGGUGAUCAAAUUUGUCGUUGUUGUCACCUUUUUUUAGGGUGUUUAGUGAAUCAACUCUCUCAUCAGUCAGUCAGUCACUCUCUCAAAAGAAACUAGCUACAGGAUAAUUUUUACUUUUUAAACUCGAAGGAGACUGAUGCGGGCUACAAAAAAAAUAUUCGCGUUCUCGACAGAACUGAAAAUAAUGAAUCAAAAUUUAAAUGUCUGCCUGCCAGCCGUCGUAUCUUCCAAUUUUGAUCUGAAGUGAGUAAAAAAGGGCAGAUAUUUGUGUAAUAGAAGAAGAGCUGUUAAAGAUGGUAUGCAAAAAAGCUCUCUUUUGCAAUCAUGAUAUAUUUGACCACAGUCGUCAUUUUUAUCUACGAUAUCAACUUUCCAUUCCCACUCAAAUCACGUCAUCAUCGCCACGAUGAUGAAGUACACUUAUUAGCAAAACAGAAAUUGAUAACCCGAGUCAAUUUUGUGAGAGAGAAUUAUAAAGAGUUCUCUCUCUCUCUCAAAAAUGGUUACAAAAAUCAUUUACUUACCACAGCUGCAGUAUUUUAUAGCGAGAUGUUCAGAAUACCUUCACUUUUUACGUUGACACAGGUUGAGAUUUUAUACGAAUUGGACCACACACUUGCAAAAAAAAACUUAAUAAUAAUAGUUCAACUUCCUACCAGAAAAAAGAAGGAGGGGAGAAAAUAUUUCGUUUUUUUUUGUGAUAAAACAAAACCGCUAAUGUAUUAUUAGAAAUUAGUAGAAAAUGAAAUUCCAGUCAUCGCACUCGAUAAUUAAUAGUUUCUUUAAAUAUAAAGUCAAAAACACAAUCUCAAUUUACAAGCUAGGCUUUUUUUAAUUAUUUUUAUUAAAUAAUCUGGUGCUACACACAAAUUAGGAUUAGUUGCUGUAAUUGGUUUAAUGAUGAUCUCACAUCGUUUUUCCCAUCAAUAAGCCGCUAGUUUUUUUACAUUUUUUGGUUUAAUUUAUAAAAUUCGAAACCCGAUGCAAAUGCAGAGAGAACAUGAAGAGAGGAGCGAGUCAAUGGAAUCAAAAAGUAAUACAAAAAAGGAGAGUCAUGAGUGUGGAUUCUGACCGAUUUUUGAGCUGCUGCAGUGAUAUAUGGUUGUUUUAGGAAUGAAUGAUUUUUAAAAAUGAAAUACCCACCGUCCUGAUUAUUACGUUUUUUUAUACAAAGAAAGCCAAGCCAGUGAAGUCGUUAUAUGUUGUUCAUUCUUUAUCAUUACCUUUAUUAUAUCAGGUCAGCAACUUUCUAUAAUGCAAAAUGUGAUACUUGACGAUGAUGUUUUAGAAUAUUAAGAGGAGGGGAUGAAGAGGAAAAUUGAAACUCGAAAAAUUUGGUGGGUUUUUUUAGCCACAGGAUUAUACAGACAAAAGUCUUUGAAUUUUGACUAUAAUCACUGCCAUGUUCAUUCAUGUUAACAAAAACGAAUACGAAUCUGAACCAAAAAUAAUGAAUUCUGCUGCCGCAAAAAAAGUGGCAGAUGUGAUAUUGACUGAUUCUCAAACUGUGAUCUCUGCAUUUUUUACACACCUUUUUGCAAUUAAUUAAUAAUAUACUUCUUCAAUGCCAGGUUCACACAUCUGGUCUGAGUUGACGUGCUAAUCAAAAAAUGCGCAGAUUAGGACGUGAACUCUCGUGAAUAUAAUUUCGUGUUGAACACGGAGCUUAUAGUAAUUAUUAAUCUGCAAAAAUAUUAAAAACCAUGAUCUUUCCUAUUACUCUAUUACUACUACUACUACAACUAUCGAUACUGCCUAGCAAUUUUCCUAUACAAAAAGUAAACAGCAUAAUCGUCUUUCUUUAACUCAAUUGUCCGUCGUCGUACUCGAUUAAAGUGAAUCUCUGGUCAAAUAAAUGUGAAGCGUUGAAGCGAAUAUCUCUCUGUCGUCAGUUGUUGUUGGUAUUAUAUAGACAAAAAAACGAUUGGGGAAAGUAGAAAAGAAAGUUGAUUUAAAAAUGAACACAAUUACAAAAACUGUGAUAAAUAUCAUGUAAAAGAGAGCUGAGAAUUGAUCAGUUUUAUUAAAUGGAGAAAUUGACAGUGGUGGUGAAGGAAGGGAGGAAGGAAGAAAUUUGUGGAAAAAGUUGCUGCAACUACUACUACUGAUCUCGUUAAGAAAAAUAUCGGUACUAUUUUACAAGAGUCAGAAAACGUAAUUAAAUUAUUACUUAUUUAAUUCAUCAAUUAUGUAUUGGUGGGUGGGUGGGGGAUUAAUUAACCUGCCUGCACGCCUACCUACCUAACUCUACCCUCUCCUCAAUCAUCAACUAUUUAAAGAGAAAGAAGUAUUGAAUUGUUUUGUUUCUUUGAAAUAAUUUUUUUUGUUAAGUUUUUUUAAUGAUUUAACAAGUACUGAAAAAAAGAAAUUAUAUUUAAUUAUUACUUACAAAAAGCCUGGACUAAAUAUGCACGCACUUUCAUACCGUUAAUGAACACGAAUUCAUCAUUGACGUCGUGUCAGUGUGCGUGCGUGUGGGUGGGGUCUGACUUAAAAGAAAAAAGGGAAAUACACAUUUUAUACGAAAAAAUACACUAUGUGGUUUGCAUAGACUUCUCUCAUCUUCUGAUAAAAAAAACUCAUUGUAAUUUCUUAAAAUCUGCUCACACGGUUAAUGAAAAAAUUCCAUGAUUAAAUGGGGAUGGCAAAAUAUGAUCCUAUAUGUAAUUGGCUCUUUAGCGAAUUAAUACAUAAAAAAAUUGAUAGAAUAUAAUUGCUUUGUAAUCGUUGAAAAAAAAAAUGUAAUGUCCGCAACAAACUAAU